CUAAACUGCUAAAACAUCUCACUUUGUCUAUGGGUAAACAUAAUCAUAGAUACUCUUGGCCCAUGAGAGUUAAAAAUGUGUACGGCAAGCUCUUGGCCCACGAGACUUAAAAAUGUCUACGACAAGCUCCUGGCCCGCAUGAGUUAAAACUAUGUACGGUCCCUUCAAAUUACCAAUUCAAAUGGUACAUAUGAACUACGUUUGACUUGAUCUCCUUCAUAGGAGUAUGUAGGCAGCUCAAAAGUUUCAUUUUUGCGUUCUGUUAUAACAAAACAAAACCCAAUCAAGUUUUUAGCCAAAAGGAUUACGAAAAACAAAGUCAUACAAAGAUGUGAGAGUUCUCAAGUAUGCGCCUCGCCUGAAAUUGAUUGAGUUGAGCUUCGAACAUCAUCUUCUAUCAGCGCCGCUCUAACCUUCAAAUCGUUGAAGUGGUCAUCCUUCAAACUGGCUAAGUGGCCAGCCUUCAUAAACGGCAAAAUGGCCGCCCUUCAUAAAUGGCAUCAGCAGAGCAUUGUAUUCACAAGCAAUCAAAUUAAAUUCUUUAGAUCGGUGCCACUACCCUAACGAAGGGCCCCGAGCGACACCGAUGACCGACAACCGGCCUAAUUCUUUAUAUCAGUGCCACUAGCCCAACGAAGGGCCCCAAGCGACACCGAUGACCGGCAAUCGACCUAAUUCUUUAGAUCGGUUCCACUAGCCCAACGAAAGGCCCCAAGCGACACCGAUGACCGGCAAUCGGACUAAUUGUUUAGAUCGGUGCCACUAACCCAACGAAGGUCCCCAAGCGACACCGACAACCGGCAAUAGACCUAUUUCUUUAGAUCGGUGCCACUAGCCCAACGAAGGGCCCCAAGCGACAUCAACGGUCGGAAAUUGGCCUAAUUCUUUAGAUCAGUAUCACUCGCCCAACAAAAGGCCCCAAGCGACACUGACGACCGGCAAUCAGCCUAAUUCUUUAGAUCGGUGCCACUAGCCCAACGAAGGACCCCAAGCAGCACCGACAACCGACAAUAGGACUAGUUCCUUUAUCUCCAAUUAAUGGCGCCAUUACUUGAAAUAGCAGAAAAUCUGAUCUCGGUAUCAUUUCAAAGCUGCUCAUCUUUGAAGAUAGCCCAUACAAAAAUUGAAAGGCUCAAUUUAUAAACAGGCCCAAAAGGCCCAAUGUUUAUUAAAAGAGCUGGCUCAAUCCCCCAGUCAUCUUCUUCGCACAAGAGGUCUCACGCUUCUAGCCGAUGAGAACUGCAGAAUCUCGUUGCAGACCUGCAAACCAUCCUUCGUCGAUCUCCAACUCGGCCUCUGACUGCGAACCUCCGGCGGCAACAGAAUCUCUUCUUAUCUUCUCUUUGGCGGCAACAGUAGCUCCCCGUCAUAUUCUCCGGCAUCAAUUUGAAUUCUGGCCGGCGACUUCUCGAUCUCAGCAACGCUCUCUCUCUGAAGAACGUCCAGAUGGUAAGAGAGACUGGCAGGACCAACCGCAAAUCACACCGCUCCACCUCCUUCACCCCCCUCGCCAGAAAUCAGCAGCAAAGCAUUAUCAAUUGUGAUUUCCUGAUUCUUCUUACAAUUAAUCAGAAACGGAUAUUGAUGGUCAUCCACCAACUGAGGUAAAUUUGGUGCGGCUGACGUUUGCUUCCAACGAAUUUCCCUGCAAAACACCAUAAAGAGGAAGAAUAUACAGAGUAAAUAUCAACGAAACUUACCUUAUGCAAUUUCCUGCUCUAUGAAACUGCUAAAUCUUGGAAUAUAAUUUGCCGAUGCCUGAUGAAUCGUCCUGCAAAAAUAAGCUGAUAUGGUCCCCUAUUUAUAAUUGUUGUGUAUCCGGAUCCCAUGUUAGCAGGAAGAGUUCUACUAGGAGUAUAUUUGUACUUAAGGCAGUGUCAAGAGUUCAAGUGGGACUCUAGUUUGACGCACCGUCACUUGUUUGAGCUGGGUAUUUAAAUUAGAGAAGGGCUUAGAAUUAGAAAAGGCAGCUCAAGCUUUGAACCUACGGAUGAUUUUUUCCUCAAAUAUUUAUUUGAAGAAGUAUUGAACGGCUAUGAAGUGCAUGACACGUGUUUUUAAUUGUAUGGAGCGUGACUCACCUUAGAAACCUUUUAUUUGGGAUGCUUUUGUUUCAUGAGUUUUAGACCGACUUGGUGAAGAAAAUACAUUAUAAAAAACACGAGUGGUAUGGUUCCACUUAUUUCGAGACUUACAUUUUUCCGUUCAAAAUGUCUAAGCCAGUCUCGAGGGUACAUUUGUGGACAUAUAAAAAUUAUUG